UCCAUAAUGAGAUAAGUUUGAGCUCACAGGCCCGCUAUUUAACCCCUGCUCUCAGGGCACUAUCAGCAGAUAGGGGCAGUUGGGAGACACAAGGGUAGGCAGAUUGGCACCCAGGGGCAGAGCAGGCUUUGCCCAGGACUUGCAUGGGGAUCUGUGACAAGGGAGAGGACAGGAGGAGCUGACCACAGUGUUGCACACUCAGAAUGGCGCUCUCAGAUCUUCCCAGUACCCCACUGGCUCUUGAAUACCUCAAUGACUUUGACCUAAUGAAGUUUGAGGUAAAGAGAGAGCCUCCUGAACCACGGGCCAACCGCCUGGCCCCACCUCCAUCUCUGGGCUCUACUCCAUGCAGCAGUGUACCACCAUCGCCAACAUUCAGUGACCCCCCUGAACCAGUAGGACCACCGCGUCCUAGUCUAGAAGAACUUUAUUGGAUGGCAGCACUACAGCAGCAGAUGGGUGGGGAAGGACUACCACUAACUCCGGAGGAUGCUGUAGAGGUGUUGAUGGGUGGCGGAGCACCUUCUCUACAAGGGAUAGAAGGGGGAUACAGGACUGGGGGGCAGCACCUCCACAACACUCACCCUACUGGUUACUUGAUGAGUCCAGAAGAUAUGAAUGCACAGCAGCACCAGCUGUCUCCACUGUCUGAACGUUUUUCUGAUGAGCAAUUGGUAGGAAUGUCUGUUCGAGAGUUGAAUCGUCAGCUCAGGGGUUUCAGUAAAGAAGAGGCUUUGCGACUCAAGCAACGCAGGCGCACAUUGAAGAACCGAGGUUAUGCCCAGUCCUGCCGGUACAAGCGGGUCCAGCAGCGUCACGUCCUAGAGACAGAGAAGUGUCAGCUCUCUCGUCAACUUCAACAACUACAGCAGGAGGUGGCUCGGGUGACGAGAGAGAGGGAUGGUUGGAGAGCACGAUAUGAAAAACUGCUGAAUGCCACAGGAGGGGGGAAUGGGCCGGAUGUGCUGGGUGCAGGGGGAGACGCAGGGCCUGGAGCUGAGCUCUUCCUGUGAUACUCAAAUCAAAAGACUGAGCCCAACUUCAAAAGGAGGAGACUGACCUGACUCCUUACAUAGGAUACCUAUUAUAAAAAGCCCCUAAUGUGCAACAUGAAAGCUCUAGAACUUUUCGCUGCCAUUUUCUUCAUUUCUCGGAGUAGAAAGACACAAAUUUUCUGGAUUCCAUCUAAUAUAUUUAUUAAUUCCCAGAGUUCAUACAUGAGGCGCCCUUCAAUACUAUGCAAAGUCACCAAUGCCAUUGGCUGCUAGAGUCCACCCCCUCUAAUGCUUCCAAGUUAUGGAGACCUUGACUAUACUGGGAUCAUUGCCAUGGAUUCUAGUUAAGUUUUAAUAAAAAGUCAUUUCUGUCCCAGCCCCGGAGAAAACAAUAAUUUUUUUUUCCUUUUUAUGAGACCACCACCUAAAGCUAACUAGCGUGUAUGUGAUGAAGGACCGGCUGAGCCUGUCCUGUUCGGGGGCUCUCUUCUUUCUAUUUUCUAUACCAUUCACCUCCAUGCAAGGGAGCGGAAGAAAUUUCUGGUUUUAUUUGAGGGAAACAUUAAAUUAUUGCAUUUUUUAUGUGUGCGAUUGUGAGUUUAAAUAGAAUGCAACACUUUGCGUCUCCUCUCCCUGCACAUAAGGGGCAAAGCUAGCGUGUUACUAGGCAGAUCUGGUUGUGUGUUGUGAGCAGUUUUAAGAAUUAUUAUUAUUAUUUUGUAUUCAAAAAUAUAAAGUAAAAAAUAUAUAUUUAAACAUAGAGAAAUAAAACAUGCA